CGGGGUUUUUUUUUUUCUCUUCCCGGGAAAAUCUAUCAUAUCGUCCGUCCUCUGCCUCGUCUCUCGUCGACCUCUUUGGAUCUCCAGAUGGAGAAACAGCCCCUGCCAGCAGUUGACUUCCAGACAGGAACCCCGGGGUCAGAGGUCAACGGCCCCGCCGGCGAGGAGGGCGCCUCCGAGCCCGCCGCCCGUGCGGGCUGGAACAGCAAAAUCGAGUACUUCCUGGCCCAGGUGGGCUUCAGCGUUGGGCUCGGGAAUGUCUGGAGGUUCCCCUAUCUGUGCCACCAGAACGGAGGAGGAUCCUUUCUGCUGCUCUACGUGCUGCUGAUGCUGCUGGUGGGAAUCCCCCUCUUCUUCCUGGAGCUGGCGGCCGGGCAGGCCAUCCGCCAGGGCAGCAUCGGCGUGUGGAAGUCCAUUUCCCCCAGGCUGGCGGGCAUCGGCUACUCCAGCUGCGUGGUGUGCUUCUUCGUUGCUCUCUACUACAACGUGAUCCUCGCCUGGAGCCUCUUUUAUCUGGGGAACUCGUUCCAGUACCCUUUACCUUGGGAGCAGUGUCCGCUGCAGGGGAAUGUGACGGUGAAAGAGUGCGAGCAGAGCUCGCCCACGUCUUACUUCUGGUACCGGAAGGCUCUGGACAUCACGGACUCCAUCGACCAGACCGGCUCCUUCAACCCGUACAUGGUGUGCAGCCUGCUGGGGGCCUGGACCAUCGUGUGUCUGGGGAUGUUCAAGGGGAUCAAGAGCUCCGUCAAGGUGAUGUACUUCUCCUCCGUCUUCCCGUACGUGGUGCUGAUUUGCUUCCUGGUCCGCGGCCUCAUGCUGGACGGGGCGUGGGAAGGCAUCACUCACAUGUUCUACCCCAAGCUGGAGAUCUGGGCCGACGUGCAGGUGUGGCGCCAGGCGGCCACGCAGGUCUUCUUCGCGCUGGGCCUGGGCUUCGGCUCCAUCAUCGCCUACUCCUCCUACAACCCCAAGAGCAACAACUGCCACCGCGACGCCUUCACCGUCUCCACCAUCAACUUCGUCACGUCGGUGCUGGCCACCCUGGUGGUCUUCUCCGUGCUCGGCUUCCGGGCCAAGAACAUGGUGCUGGCCUGCGUGGCGCGGAACACGGUGAAGCUGGCGGAGCAGUUUGACGGCGGGUUUGUGAGCAGAGAGCUGAUGCCGGGGUUCAACUACUCCGAUCCCGGGUCAGUGGCCCUUCAGGACUACAGGGACUGGUUCAAGCAGUCUGGAUAUCUGGUUCCUGGUAAUCUGACCGACUGCGACCUGGAGAAGGAGAUGCAGAAGGGCGUGGAGGGAACCGGCCUGGCCUUCAUCGCCUUCACCGAGGCCAUGUCGCUGCUGCCCGGCAGCCCCUUCUGGUCGGCGCUCUUCUUCCUCAUGCUGCUCAACCUGGGCCUCAGCACCAUGUUCGGCACCAUGGAGGGAAUCCUGGCGCCGCUCGCCGACCGCUUCAAGACGCUGGCCAACAACAAGACCAAGCUCACCGUCUUUGCCUGCACCGUGGGCUUCGUCAUCGGCCUGCUCUUCACGCAGCGCUGCGGGAACUACUUUGUGACGAUGUUCGACGACUACUCGGCCACGCUGCCCCUCAUCAUCGUGGUGGUGUUCGAGACCUUCAGCGUGUCGUGGCUGUAUGGCGCCGACAGGUUCCUUGACGACAUCGAGGCCAUGCUGGGCUGGCGGCCCUCCGUCCUCUACAAGUACCUGUGGAAGUAUAUCUGCCUGCUCGCCAUGCUGGGGCUGCUGGGAGCCACCACCAUCCGCAUGUUCAUCAAACGCCCCACCUACAUGGCGUGGAGCCAGGAGAAGGCCUCUGAGGAGAGUCUGGAGUACCCCGCCUGGGCCCUGGCCGUCAUGGCGUGCCUGAUCCUGUUCGCCGUGGUCCCGGUGCCGGUGGGACUGGUCCACGCCGUCCUGAGGGAGAGGAGCACGGGGACGCGGCGCGAGGCGGAGAUGGGCCAGUACAGCAUCGUGAGCGCCGACGAGUCUCCCAUGAGCGACCUGUCCAAGCCGGAGCUCGCCAACGGGAGCGCACGCCGCCCGUCCUAGAGACCGCAGGCGUCUGCUCAGGAACUCUGACCGGGUCGGUCUUUAAAGGACAGUUUGAGGUUUUUACAGCACAGAGAACUAAAGCGACCGUCUGGGGAUCAGUGAAGGUUCAACAUGGACGGAGACGCUGUUUGAAUCCGUCUCUCAGAUCCUCCUCUCUGAUCCUUUAAGGCUGAUGAUUCACAGCUUUAUGAAUUAGUGUAUAAAAAGGGUAAAUAAUGGAACAAAUAAUUUAUUUCUCUGAUUUGUGUCGAGCUGAGAAUUAAUCAAGUGAUUGAGCCAAAAGCACAAGAAAAUACCCAAACAUUUCUGUGUUUACGGAGCGAGCCAUAGACCUAAAGCCAAGGUUUCUUCAGUCAGGUCGUCCUUUUAUGUGUUUCCAAGGUCUUCAUUUUGAAUGUGUUCACACUACGUCCAGGUUCUAGUGCUGUCGGAGCUGGUAACUCUGAUCUUAUUCACACUGCAGGGCUUGACAUCUGCAUCAGAUUUCCCGCCUAAACCUGACUGAACUGUGCGGUUACACACAUUUUAUCAAAGACGGCAUCGGCGUUCGACUGAGGCCAGUAUUCCUUCUGAAUGCGUGCGUCUUUUCCUGCUUCCAUUCCAUCGGUGCCACAGAUCAGGAGUGGGUCUCUUUCCCUGCCGGAGUCGAUCAGACCUCUGUUAGGCUGACCUUACCUGACUGACCUCACUCGGGGCAUUUUCAUAAAAAACCCUGUUUACCGGAGGGAGAACAUUGAACCGUCUGAACGCCACAGGUCGACGGGGCUGUUGGUUGUAAACACAGCUGCUUCCUGCUCCUCGCCGGUGUGACUCGGUGUGUGUGUGCGUUCUGUCUUGUGUAUCCGGGAUGAGCUGUGUGAAGUCGAGGCUCACGGGGAAACUGAGCCGUGUGACGUUGACAGUUGUUCCCUUUUGUUUUACGUUUCACCUGAAUGACUGAGCAGGUUGUGAAGAAGAAAAAUACCUAAAGUAUCACAAAGCCAUGUAAAGUAAUCUCAUUACUUUUGAGUAAAAUAGGUAAAAACUACAUUUCUUCACUACUACCGGGGUGGAGUUGUUGAAGCGGCACGUCUCACAGAAACACUUUGCACUUUAACAGGUGAAACUUUUAAAGGGGACAUAUUAUGCUUUUUUUUUCCCACUUUGUGAAGAGUUUCUUACAGUAGUGUGUGUUGUCGUAGCCUCAUUAUCACGUUCAAAUUUGAAAACUUUGUUUCUUCCCUGUCUUGCUA